AUGAGCCCAGGCACCAUGACAACCACCCAGGUAUAUCUGCUGCCGCUCAACGAUGACGGUUCUCCCGAUGUCGAGAGGCAGUACAUCUACAUUGCUCCAUCAUCCAAUGAUCCUGUGGUCAUCAGGUUUGCCAUUGAAGGCACUUCGUCAAUAUGUUGCCACGGCAGCCUCUGGGUCAAUAUCCCCGAGAAGGGCAAGGAGUUUCGUCGCGAUAGCUUCAGAGAAUUCAAGCUAACACCCGACUUCAAUCGCACAAUUGAGAUAUCUAUCCAGAUCCACCAACCAGGAGCCUAUGCCUUCUAUACCACCUACGCCGAGCUGCCGAGCCUCGAACCUCGCAUUUCCAAGGCGCCCUCACAAGCCUCUCAACAGUUGAAAAGAACACCGACUUACUACAUAGAUGUUGCGCCACGGCUGCGUUUAGAUGGACGCCCACUCCCGCUGCCCGCGCUGUCGGUGUUCUCUGUCAUCAGUAAAUUCAUGGGCAAGUACCCUACCGAUUGGGAUAGUCAUUUGCGAGGCAUAAGCGAUCGAGGUUAUAAUAUGAUUCAUUUCACGCCCCUACAAGUCCGAGGAUCGUCCAACUCACCAUACAGCUUGUACGAUCAACUCGGCUGGGACUCUGAUUGCUUUCCCAAUGGCGAGAGCGACAUUGAAGACCUGAUCCGAAGCUUGGAGAAGGACAAUUCCUUGCUGAGCCUGACGGACAUCGUACUCAAUCAUACAGCGCACAAUACAAAAUGGCUUCAAGAGCACCCGGAAGCUGGCUAUAACCUUUCAACUGCGCCAUGGCUAGAGUCUGCAUACGAACUUGAUUCCAAAUUGCUAGAGCUGAGCUCAAAGUUGCAAUCCCUUGGCCUGCCAGCUGAUCCAAAGUCACCCCAAGAUCUACUUUUGAUCAUGGAAGCUAUCAAAAAAGAGGUCGUUGCGAAAAUUCGUCUUUGGGAAUAUUACGCGCUUAACGUGGAGCGAGAUGCUGACGCUGCUGUGGACACAUGGGCUGGGACAGAGACGUAUACACCCCAAGAUACAGAGAUCAUUCAAGAAGCGGUCGAACAGCUUAGAGAUUCUAGCGUCACUCAACAGGCCGAUUUCCUCCAAAAGUUUGGGCUUUUGGGCAAGGAUCGCCUAGGUGAACGAUUCAGAAGAAGGGUCGAUCCUAAUGUAGCGGCGACUUUGCUCGCAUUCUCCCUGGGCCGAUACGAAGGCGAGUCGUCGAACUCUGCAGACAAGGCGGCGGCCCGCUCAAAAAUGGUAGAGAUCCUACAUGCAUUGAAUGUACCAUUGUACGAAGAGUAUGACGGCGACAUAAAGGAAAUUCUCGAACAACUAUACAACCGUAUAAAAUAUGUUCGUCUGGACGAACACGGUCCUAAACUCGGUCCCAUAAAUGAUGAGAACCCUCUGAUCGAAACAUACUUCACACGUCUGCCCAAGAACGAUACGACGUCAAAGCAUGACCCGCGAGAAUUGAUGGUAGUGAACAAUGGCUGGGUAUGGGGCGGCAAUGCACUGAUAGACAAUGCCGGCCCUGACUCACGGGUAUACUUACGACGCGAAGUUAUCGUCUGGGGUGACUGUGUCAAGCUACGGUAUGGUUCGAAGCCGGACGAUAGCCCUUGGCUUUGGAAGCACAUGACAGAGUAUGCACGUAAAUUAGCAACGUAUUUUGCUGGUCUGCGCAUAGACAAUUGUCAUUCAACGCCCAUUCAUGUUGCUGAGCACAUUCUUGACGAAGCACGCCGCGUGCGGCCAGACCUAUAUGUCGUGGCUGAACUAUUUAGCGGUUCCGAAGACACCGACUACGUGUUCGUGAAGCGACUCGGACUCAGCUCGCUCAUCCGAGAGGCUAUGCAAGCAUGGAGCACCGCUGAGCUCAGUCGACUGGUUCAUCGCCACGGUGGUCGCCCAAUUGGCAGUUUUGAGGUUGACGAAAUCGCCCAUGGUGACCCAACGCCGUCACCCGGCUCUGAAAGCGGGCGAGACCUCACAAGAGAAGUUAUCCGGCGAAUCAAACCUACGCCAGUGCACGCCCUCUUCAUGGAUUGUACUCAUGAUAAUGAAACGCCAGCUCAGAAACGAGAUGCUCGAGACACCCUUCCUAAUGCGGCACUUGUCAGCAUGUGUUCCAGUGCCACAGGCUCCGUCAUGGGAUACGAUGAAGUGUAUCCUAGGCUCAUAGACCUCGUCAACGAAGCUCGCUUGUAUACGUCAGAAUCAUCUAGGUCCGCCCCCAUCAAAGUUGGUCGUGGAAAGAACGGAAUUGCCGGAGUAAAGAAGUUACUAAACCAGAUUCAUAUACUAAUGGGCAAAGAUGGCUACGACGAGACGCACAUCCACCACGAGGAGGAAUACAUUACUGUGCACCGAGUUCAUCCUGAAUCACGAAAAGGGUACUUUUUAAUUGCUCACACCGCAUUUCCUGGCUACGGCAAUGGCAAUGGUGCUUUGACCCCAGUCCGUUUGGCCGGAACCCGAGCCCAGCAUCUAGGAAGUUGGACUCUAGAGGUGGAUGCCAGCGCAGAAGCAACAGCAAAAGCAGUCAAUGACAGCCAUUUUCUAGUUGGUCUUCCAAGUCGUGUCAUAGAAAUCGCUGGCGUCGAUAUGGACGCGCAGGGUGAGGACACCGUUCUUACUGUGCGGGACAACUUCCCUCCUGGGAGCAUUGCACUUUUCGAGACGUGGAUUCCUGCCGCGGAGCAUUCUACUAGUCUCGACACAUAUGUCACAUCAGGUGCAAAAGCAGCUUGGAGCCAGUUGAACCUCAUUGACUUGAAUUUCUUAAUGUACAGGUGUGAGGCUGAAGAGCUCGACUCUAAUGGUGGACGUGACGGUACGUACAAUGUCCCAGGACAUGGAAAGCUAGUUUACGCCGGACUGCAAGGAUGGUGGAGUCUCAUGAAGGGCAUCAUUCGGGAGAACAACCUCGCCCAUCCUCUGUGCCAAAAUCUGCGGCAGGGCACUUGGUCUCUCGACUACAUCCUUGGCCGCGUUCAGAAAUUGAGUGAAAUGGAGGGCAAUGAGCAGCUUGCCAGGCCAGCCACGUGGCUCAGUGAACGUUUUGAUGCAAUCCGAACAAUUCCUAGCUUCCUUCUCCCCCGAUAUUUUGGUUUAGUUCUUCGAACAGCUUACAAGGCUAGCCGUGACAGAGCAUUGGAGCUAAUGGGCGAGAACAUCGAGAAGGCACAAUGGUUCAUCCAAAACCUGGCGCUGGUUAGCGUGCAGCAGACGGGAUAUGUCAAGUCCGCAUCACUAUGGCCUAACAAAGCAGUCCCUUCCAUUGCUGCGGGAUUGCCUCAUUUUGCAGUUGGAUGGGCAAGAUGUUGGGGGCGCGAUGUUUUCAUUUCCAUCCGUGGCUUGUAUCUGGGGACUGGCCGCUUCGAUGAGGCCAAGGAGCAUAUCAUGGCCUUUGCAAGCGUUUUGAAGCACGGAAUGAUCCCCAACCUGCUCAGCAGUGGUGAUGCGCCUCGCUACAAUUCUAGAGAUUCAAUCUGGUUCUUCCUGCAGACCAUCCAGGACUUUAUCCGAUACGCUCCUGAAGGGGUGGGCUUGCUAAGGUCAACUGUCAAGAGACGUUUCUUGCCUUAUGACGAUACAUGGUUUCCAACACAAGACCCUAGGUCAUACUCGAAAGAAAGCACCAUAGAGGAGAUCAUCCAGGAGGCACUGCAAAGACACGCCACCGGGAUGAAAUACCGAGAGGCAAACGCUGGACCACAGAUUGAUUCUCAAAUGAAGGAUGAAGGUUUCAACCAGGACAUUCAUGUCGACUGGGAGACGGGCAUUAUCUUUGGUGGCAAUCAGUUCAAUUGUGGCACCUGGAUGGACAAAAUGGGAGAAAGCGAACGAGCCGGCUCCAAGGGAGUGCCCGGAACUCCACGAGAUGGUGCCGCCAUUGAGAUCACCGGUCUGCUGUACAGCACCUUGACAUGGCUGUCCGAACUGAAUGAACAAGGAAAAUAUGCCUACUCGUCAGUAAAAGCUGCAGACGGAAGGAGUGUCUCUUUCAAAGACUGGGCAGGACGGAUCAAGGCCAAUUUCGAGAGAUGUUACUUUGUCCCUCUCUCAUCAAAGGACGACUACAAGUACGACGUCAACCCUGCCAUCAUCAACCGUCGUGGGAUCUACAAGGACCUCUACAAAUCCGGCAAGGAGUACGAAGACUAUCAAUUCCGCGCCAACUUCCCCAUCGCCAUGGCCGUCGCCCCAUCUCUAUUCGACCCAAGCCACGCAAUGCAUGCCUUGUGUCUAGCCGACUCGGUCCUCCGCGGCCCGACAGGCAUGGCCACACUUGAUCCCGCAGAUCUCAACUACCGCCCAUACUACCGCAACAGCGAAGACAGCGAGGAUUUCGCCACAAGCAAGGGGAGGAACUACCACCAAGGCCCGGAGUGGCUCUGGCCGACGGGCUUCUUUCUCCGUGCGUUGCUAAAAUUUGACCUGAUGAGACGCACGACGCCCGAGGGCAGGACAGAGGCCUUCCAGCAGGUCACGAGACGUUUGGCGGGCUGCAAAAAGAUGAUUGAGGAGAGCCCGUGGGCUGGCUUGACAGAGUUGACGCAGAAGAAUGGAGAAUAUUGCCCUGAUUCGAGUCCCACGCAGGCAUGGUCAGCAGGCUGUUUGAUUGAUCUGUACAUGGACGGUAGGGAAGAACAGCAGAAGCAGCUGUAG